UAAACACUCUGAUAAAGUACAGACACUUGAAAAAUGUACUUUUAAAGCAGAGUAGAAAUACUUCACUACUGUCCGCCUCUGUCAGUAAGUUACUGUUAAUUUGACAAUAAACCUUUUACAGUGUGCUCUUUGAGCAUGGAAAGUUGCGAGUUGUUUUUUUUUUUUUUUACAAGCUCAAAGUUCACGGUCAGCUCUAACAGGUGUAGCACUUCCAAUCCAUCUGUGUCCACCUGCAGCUCACGGGUUUGGCUUCCCCGCUUGCUUCUGCGAGUGUCACAGAGGUGUCUGGUGACCACUGCUCUCUCUCAUCUCACACUCACACUCAACUAAUGGACUGCUUUGCCCCUCCCCUCCGAUUCUCCAUCUCGGACUGGGAGGUAGUGAGAGGAGGAGAGGAGGCAACAGCCCACCAUUCCCCUGGGCCCUGCUACACGGCUCAAUAGCUCAGCUCCUGGAUGGGAUCAUAACCCUGAGUGCUGGCCAAGAGAAGAGCCACUUUUCCACACAUCCAGAGUUCCUGCUGCAGGGUGGAGUUUCUCCCAGGAUAACAAACUCACUCGAACCCCACCAUGGCUGACCGUAAGGUGGCCCCGGUUGUGGUUUUGCUUUUCGUCCUGGUCGCACCAGCCCUGUGCGGAUGCCCAAGUGCCUGCCGCUGCUCCUUCGCCAUGCUUCAAUGCCUGGAGCCGGACGGAAUCACCAGCAUCCCUGCGCUGGCGGCGCAGGAGAGCGAAAACGUCACUGAAAUCUACAUAGAGAGUCAAACCAACCUGGAGAACAUCACAGACGUAGACCUCGCCAACUACAGAGAACUGAAGAACCUGACGGUCACAUAUUGUGGGUUGCUGUACAUCUCUGAAAAUGCCUUCCAGCAUAAUUUCAAGCUGCAGUAUGUAAACCUGGCCUCUAAUUUACUGGUGCACAUCAGUUGGAGGGUGUUCCAGUCGGUCCCUCUGUUGAGUCUAAUCUUGAGGGACAAUCCGCUCACCUGCUCAUGUGACAUUUACUGGCUUCAGCAGUGGCACAGAAGAAGACAAAGCGACACUGAUUCUCAACAAACCUGCAUCCAUAAUGGCAACAGCAUUCAGCUGGAUUCAUUUGAAAUGGAUAACUGCAGUAUUCCUGAGGUCACAAUUCACCCAUCGACACUGACCACUCAGGAAAGUGGAAAUCUGACAUUUACCUGUCUGGUGACCGGAGUACCAACACCGAUGAUCCGCUGGAGAACAGAGCACCUACAGUCCAACUGGACCCUGCAGCGAGGGAUCUGGGGAUCAAGCCUGGAGCUGAUUCUGUACAUGAGGAACGUGUCUUCUGGAGACAACCUGCACAACCUCACCUGUGAGGCGGAGAAUCGCGCUGGAAUGGGAGAAGCUGUGGUGCAGCUGGACAUCGAAUUUCCAGUGCGGAUCUUGUUCCUAAAGGACCCAGAGCCACAACAUCACUGGUGUUUCCCAUUCGCUGUGGACAGCAAUCCUCCUGCCAGCAUCAGAUGGCUGUACAACAACCUUCCUCUCCUCGAAACACGCUACACCUACACCGAACUGAUCCGAGACGCGGCCGACGGCUCCAUUCAACACGGCUGUCUGUUCCUCAACAAGCCCACACACCUCAACAACGGCAACUACACGCUCAUCGUGGAAAAUAAACUGGGCAGAGACCAGGCUACAGGCUACGGGAAGUUCAUGGACAAUCCUUUUGACCCCUUUGACCCAGAGGGCAUCAUUCCUGUCCUAACCGAUAACCCAACAGCUCCCACUAACCAAUCAACGGAGACGGAGAAACUGGAGACCAGAGUGUUUGGGGUGUCAGUAGCGGUGGGUCUUGCUGUAUUCGCAUGCACAUUUCUGCUCAUCAUGGUUGUCGUCAUUAAUAAAUGUGGACAGCACUCCAAGUUUGGCAUCCACCGUUCAUCUGUUCUAGGCACUGAGGAUGAUUUGGCCGUAUCUCUUCGCUUCAUGAACUUCGGUGCAAGUCCUCCAUCUUCAGAUGAUGGCACGCUGGAUUCUGGCUUGUCCAGUUUUGUAGAGAACCCGCAGUACUUCUGUGGCAUCAUCAAAGAUAAAGACAUGUGUGUUCAGCACAUUAAAAGAAAAGACAUUGUUUUGAAGUGGGAACUGGGUGAAGGAGCUUUUGGCAAGGUGUACCUGGCGGAAUGUGCCAACCUCUGUCCUGAUACUGACAAGAUGCUGGUUGCUAUCAAGACCCUGAAAGUUGCCAACGAGUCCACCCGGCAGGACUUCCAGCGCGAGGCCGAGCUGCUCACGGUGCUGCAGCAUGAACACAUAGUGCGGUUCUACGGCGUGUGUACAGACGGAGAACCUCUGGCCAUGGUGUUUGAGUACAUGCGACACGGAGACCUCAACCGCUUUCUAAGGGCUCACGGUCCAGAUGCUCGUAUCCUGGAUGAGAUGAAGGUUCCUCCGAUGGGUCAGUUGACUCUUCCUCAGAUGCUCCACAUCGCAGCUCAGAUCGCCUCGGGCAUGGUGUACCUCGCUUCCCUUCAUUUCGUCCACAGAGACCUGGCCACCAGGAACUGUUUGGUCGGAGAAGGUCUGGUGGUGAAGAUCGGGGACUUUGGGAUGUCGAGAGACAUUUACAGCACUGAUUACUACAGGGUCGGUGGGAGGACGAUGCUGCCCAUUCGCUGGAUGCCACCAGAAAGCAUCAUGUACAGGAAAUUCACCACAGAGAGUGACAUCUGGAGCUUUGGAGUGGUCCUUUGGGAAAUCUUCACCUACGGCAAACAACCCUGGUAUCAGCUGUCUAACAGUGAGGCCAUUGAGUGUAUCACACAGGGGCGAGAGCUUGAACGGCCACGCACCUGCCCAAAGGAAGUACAUCUCCUCAUGCAGGGCUGCUGGCAGAGAGAACCGCAGCAGAGGCUCGUCAUCAAGGACAUCUACAACCGCCUCGUGGCCCUCGUCAAGAACCCGCCUGUCUAUCUGGACAUCCUGGAGUAACAGCACCCUGAUCGGACCUGCAUGGAAAAGACAUACUUCUGGACGCAGGCUGCUUGAGGAGGAAAAUCAGUGGUGGGUUUUGGAUGGACACAAUUCACAAACUGUCUCAGAUGUGCAGUAUGAACGUUUCCGGUGUUUGUUGUGUAUGUUUUAAUCCACUGGAGGUGUAAGAUUGUGUCCAUGUGGUUAAAUUAAAAAAAAUAAUAAUACAAAUAAAAAAUAAGAGAAAUGGACUGAGUAAAUGGACAGUGGAUACUCUGAAUAUGCAUUAGUGGAAAUUGCUCAUGGAUCGUCAUGACUCACCCUGAAGAGACACUUGAUUUUCUAUAUGAGGAUACUGAUGUCAUGGUCUUAUAAUUAAAGGUCAUUAAAGGUGAAGUGUGUAAUUUUUCUCAAUCCAGUCUAAUAUGCAGACAUUGUAGGCUGAUUUUCUUAAUAAAUGUAAAAACUGUGGCUCUGUUUGUUAGAGCAUCCCACCCAGCCUGACAUAGCAACAGCCUCAACCAAUGGCAUGGGUUUGGGGGUGGGACUUUCUGUUUGUUUGACCAAUGAGGAGAGUGGAAACCUGGGCUUGUAUUACAGAAUCAUCCAAACUCAUAAUCCUAUUUUAUCUGUUUACAGGGUUUUUGCAGUAUUUAUGAAGGUAAAAUUAAAGCUUUUUAGGAACUAUUUUAGACUACCUACUGAUCACACUACAAAAAAAGUAUUUUUGUCUUACCCAGUGCAAAUGUCUAAAAGAUUCAUAAAUCAAUAAGAUGCAUUUACUUGAUAUGCAAAAUGACAAAAGAAAUCUUGUGUCUGAGAAAUUGUAUAAAAAUGAAGUGAAUUUAUGAUCGAAACAAAAACAAAUAUCUACCAGUGGCCUCAGAAAAAUAAUCUUAAUUCAAAGAAAAAAACAUUAUACCCCAUUGUUAGAUAUUUUUUCCUGCUUUAAGCAUAAAAAUUUCUCACAAAGCCAGACUUCAUACCUUCAUUUUGCAUCUCAAGUAAAUGUAUCUUGUUUUAAGAAUAUUCAGAUAUUUUCAUGGAAAACAAGAUUAAAAUACUCAGGAAGAACAUCUUUUUUUUUCUUUCUUGCAGUUCAUGCAACAUUUAAUGCCAAGAAAUACUGAAUUCAAGACUUUCCUCACUUAAUUUCACUUAGGAAUUCAAAUCUUAAAACAAGAAUCAAAGGAAUAGGAAGUUUCUGUAAUACAGCUUAAUUUAGCAUUUGGUUCUCUAAUGUCACAUUUAUUACAUACUUCACCUUUAACCAUCAUGUGCCCCCCAAACAAAGACUCUUUAAGUUGCUGUGAUUUACACAUUGUGCCAAUCUGACCGCAUUCCUUUUCUGUGUCUUGCGAUUAUGAAUAUACUACAUCAGUCUGUUAUGCGUGAUCGACACAUGCAUGUAUUGUACAUCUCUCUAUGUUGAACAGCAACAUCCUGUUAUGGCUCCGAGUUCUGCUUUAUUUUCUAUAUCAAAAGCAUCAACAAGGUCAGCAGCAACAACAGCAGUGGAAACACAUGGGCUGUGUACGGAAUAAAGUACUAACCUACUGUAUACCAUUAUUUAUUUGUAACCGUAUGAAGUAUGGAACGGAAAACUUUUCAAGCAGUUGGUGUGGCACGUUUAAGGCAAGACACUACAGGUGAAUAAUUGAGUAUAAAACUGAACAAAUCACCAUGCUUUUCCCAGUUAAUUAAUCCCAUCGCAUUAAGACAAAUGCUUUGUACAACAAGUUUUAUGAAAUAUUAUGCUUUGCUAAACAGAAAUGUGAACAUUGGAUAAAGCCAAGUUUAAAAUUCUUAAGAUUUAUACCAAACAUUUAUCCUAUUUUAUCA